CUUUUUUGUAUGCGUUGAAAACAAGAGUGAGAUGUUUUACUGCUGGGAACGUUCUAGGUAACUGUUGUUUGUAGUAUAGGCGACGGAUUAAUUGUCUAGUACAUGUACGAGUCUUUGCUGAGUACGUGCUAGAUCAAUGUGUAACAUCGGGGUUUAUGAACACCGUUGGAAAUACGCCUCUGAUAAAGUUGGACACCGUCAGCAGACAGACAGGAUGUGAGAUUUUGGUGAAGGCAGAAUUUCUCAAUCCUGGUGGGUCGGUCAAAGACAGGGCUGCAUUAUUUCUGAUAAAAGAUGCUCAGGAGCAAGGUAGAAUAAGGGCAGGUGGCACAGUGGUAGAAGGAACAGCUGGAAACACAGGUAUUGGAUUGGCACACAUGUGCAAUGCUUUGGGCUACAAGUGUGUGAUUUAUAUGCCUAAUACUCAGUCACAGGAAAAGAUUGAUACAUUGAAGAUUCUUGGUGCUGAUGUCAGGCCUGUGCCAGCUGUUCCUUACGAAGAUCCAGAAAAUUACAAUCAUCAAGCAAAGCGAUUUGCUGAAAGAACAGAGAAUGCCGUAUGGACAGAUCAAUUUGAUAACACUGCAAACAGACAAGCUCAUUUUGAAACUACCGGUCCUGAAAUAUGGAGACAAACCAAUGGCAAAGUAGAUGCAGUUGUGUUUGGUACGGGUACUGGUGGUACGUUGGCAGGUGUUGCUAGUUUCUUGAAGUCUCAAAACAGAAAGAUCAAGGCAGUUCUUGCUGAUCCCCCAGGCAGUGUUUUGUAUAACUGGUUCAAAACUGGCAAUUUGGGUGAUCGCAGUGGAACAUCAAUUACUGAAGGCAUUGGACAAGGUCGAGUAACUGAUAAUCUUAGGGGCACUUCUUUGGAUGAUGCGGUGUUUGUAUCAGAUAAGGAGUCUGUCGAAAUGACAUUUCGGCUACUGCAUGAAGAAGGUUUUUGUGUUGGUGCCAGUUCAGGUCUCAAUGUAGCUGCUGCAGUGAAGAUUUCAGAAGAGAUGGAUCCUGGUAGUGUCAUUGUAACAUGUCUUUGUGAUACGGGACAGCGAUAUGCUGCAAGGCUCUUUAACAGGAAAGCUUUAGCUGAUCGAGGUUUGUUGGAUGCUGUUCCUGUGCCAUACAGAGAUGCUCUGUUCUAGAUUUGAGUUAUUUCUUCUGUUGUCAUUUGCGUGAUAUGUUGUCUGUGCCUUCAUGUGGACUUUAGCAACUGGAUUUAUGAAAUGUUAGUCAAUUCUUACCAGAACUUCCAGUAGUUAAUUGUUAUACCGCUAGCAAGCCUAGAUCGUUGUCAGUAUAAUAUUUGUACACUUUGGUUUCAUGUUUUGGGGUAUAGACGUAUUAUCAGGGGUCAAAAAAUGUGUUUGAA